AUGGCGCAUAUUCCAAGUGAUGAGGAGAUCCUGGAACAGUUGGCUGAGUUGCGUAGUGUUAACCCAGGUAUUGGAAUAAAUAAGGCUGUCACAUUAAUCAAGGAGAAGAAUCCCGAUUGGGGGUUAUCAGCCAAGCGCCUUAGGAGUGUUUCCAAACAUCUGGAUCCACCUUCAUCUGAUGUCCUACCUGAUACCAACAAGUUGCACAACAAUCAACUAUCUCCACCAAGUCAGCCUGCCGAAGAGUCGCCAAUGUCUACUUUAAUGCAAGUACUUGAACAAUUCAUGGCCGGGGGUGAUAGAAAAGCUGCAAAACGUGCGGCCCAGAUUGAUCUCAGCUUCAAAAUGGACCUCGACGGCAUUCAAAGGCUUGUGAACAACCCUUCAGCAUUUACCAAGAUGGAUUUUUCAAGUUCCGGCGCCAAUUACCCAAUGAGGUCCUGCAAACUCGCCGUAACUAUCAUACUUCAGAUAGUCGCCCAAGACAAGAUACUCUACGAUUGCAUCGCCUUGAACUCCCGUGCAUUAGGCGGUCUUCCAACAGUAGCCCAAAUCCGUGCACGGCCCUCAGCCUCUCUGCCAAUUGCGUUCGCCAAAGCCAAAGAGGCGGCCCUCAAACACCAAAAGUCGACAGCAAUAGCUGUGAGUCUUAUCGAUGUUGAAAUGACAGAGAGGGGUGAGGGAUAUAGCUCAGGAUCGCUGAACUAUAUGAGCUUUGCCCAUGCAUUUGUUGCUUUCAUCGGGCCCGAAGGCAUGAGAAUCUUACAAGCAUGGGGAGAACAUGGCUAUUCUUUGGCUGAAAAUAUCCGUUCACCAGCAUCCAGACUCCAAGAUUGGUCUAAAGCAGAGGAAUUUGUAAACUGUUAUGACAAACUUGUGCAUAUGGGGACUGAAUGGAAACCUGAAACCUUCGAAGCAUAUAUGCAAUGUUUUGGUGUUGACAUCCCCAAAAUCACUGGCCCUCGUGGACCGGAGCGCAAAUCAGUCACGCCGUGUUUCCGCCCUUGGACGCGGAUCAAAGAGAUCAACGAUGUUAAAACGGGAGAUAUAAAAAGGUGGUUCAAAGUGUUAGAUGCGGUCAAUAGGUUGGUGAAAUGA